AACACCCUCAGGUGGUUUGGUGAGAGAGUUGGGAAUGAUAGGAUCUCCAUUGAGGUAAACUCAGACACCUAAAGGGUUAAAGUGAUAGGAUCUCCAUUGAGGUAAACUCAGACACCUAAAGGGUUAAAGUGAUAGGAUCUCCAUUGAGGUAAACUCAGACACCUAAAGGGUUAAAGUGAUAGGAUCUCCAUUGAGGUAAACUCAGACACCUAAAGGGUUAAAGUGAUAGGAUCUCCAUUGAGGUAAACUCAGACACCUAAAGGGUUAAAGUGAUAGGAUCUCCAUUGAGGUAACCUCAGACACCUAAAGGGUUAAAGUAGUAGGAUCUCCAUUGAGGUAACCUCAGACACCUAAAGGGUUAAAGUGAUAGGAUCUCCAUUGAGGUAAACUCAGGCACCUAAAGGGUUAAAGUGAUAGGAUCUCCAUUGAGGUAACCUCAGACACCUAAAGGGUUAAAGUAGUAGGAUCUCCAUUGAGGUAACCUCAGACACCUAAAGGGUUAAAGUGAUAGGAUCUCCAUUGAGGUAAACUCAGACACCUAAAUGGUUAAAGUGAUAGGAUCUCCAUUGAGGUAAACUCAGGCACCUAAAGGGUUAAAUGGAUAAGGUAUCAAAUGAGGUAAAUUUUUGCAGAUAGAGUUUUUAAAGCUCUAAUGACGUACCCUUAGAGAAUGCAAGGGUUAAUAACGUACUCUUAGAGCGUGAAAGGGUUAAUGUAAUAGGCCCUCAAAUUAGGUUAACUUAAGAAGUGAGAGGGUUAAUUAAGGUGAAAGCAUAAAUAAGUGUGAACUAUUUAAUUUUUAUUGCUUCACCUUUUACGGUUGCGCAAAACCGAUUUCCCAUUCCUUAAAUUUCUUACAGUACAUAGGAUCCUACGUGCUUUAUCCACUGGCCCUUGCCAUGGGCGUAGAAGAAGAGGAUUGUAGGAGGGUGGCCAUGCUGCUCGGAUAUCGAAUCGGCAUCUACAAUAUAUUCGCAUUCUUAAAGGUAGGUAAAAAGCAGCAUUGAAUUUGAGAUCGGUCCUUAAAAAUUAAACUUUAUUAGUCAACAUCCAACACAAAAGGAAAUGGGACUGAUGCUCAGUUCAAACGAUCGAGUCUUCGUCAAAUUUGCUUCAAAUUUUCGACACAUUUCUGUUUGUAAGCACUAUUUUGUCUUACUAAAUAGUUCGUUCAAAAAGAAAUUUGAAGACAAUUUGAUCGUGUGAGCUGAGCAAUGUCCCAAGUCAUUUCAAAAUUUGAUCUUAGUAGUACUUGAAUGUAGCCAUUGUAUUUAUUAUUGUGUUAGCAUUCCUUUACGGAAUUUUAAGCGUAACUUAUGAUAUUGUCAUAGAUUACUAAAUGUAAUAAAUAAUAUUUUUAUAGAGGUAUAUCCAUUCUUCUAUAUGAUGGACUUAUGGAAUUCUUGUAACAAUUUAGUUGAAAUUCUCCAUUCCACGUCUAGCGAUUGUUGGGGUUUAAAAACCCUUCCAUAACUAUUAUGCUUUUUGUCUCAAAUACAAUUUAUCUGAAAAAGAUGUGAAUAAAGACGAAUAGAGUAAUUCAUUUUGAUUCGGGAAGUUUUUAAAAAUGUUUUUAUUAUCAAUUGUCUUUAGAUUGAUUUCACUUUCAAAAUUGAUAAAUAAUCUGACAGUGAGCAAUGUGGGAGCCUGUACGUCCCAAAUUAUAUUUAUUCUGGGGUGUUAGGCGGCACACUGUCAUGAAUGUUAUCUUCAUAUCAGUCUGUAUAAAAUAUAUACCAGCCUGCUCUUCCACUCCCCCCCCCCGCAAGUGGUUUCCAAAUCUAAACGAUCAAUAAUUUAGUCAUUUUGUCACUAAAGGAGUUCAUUGAUGGCUGAUGUCUACGCUAGAGAACUACUUAAGAUUGUUAUCUUCAUAUCAGUCUGUAUAAAAUAUAUACCAGCCUGCUCUUCCACUCCCCCCCCCCCAAGUGGUUUCCAAAUCUAAACGAUCAAUAAUUUAGUCAUUUUGUCACUAAAGGAGUUCAUUGAUGGCUGAUGUCUACGCUAGAGAACUACUUUAGAUGUCUUGUGUUUACAUUGUUAUAAUUGUAUAGUCAUGUCUUUGCUAAAAAAUGUAUUUAUUUAUGUGCCAAAAAUGAAUAAAUACGAUGCAAUAAAAAAAAUUCUAUUUAUUUGGAUCAAUAAAGAAUCUUACCUUAUCUUAUCUAUCUAAAAUUAUCUUAACUUAUCUUAUCCUAUAUAUCAAGAUGUAUAGCCCAAUGUACCGUCCAUUUAUCUUUUAAAACUGACAGCUGGCCGAGAUGAAGCUCAACAGGUUUACCUACCUUCAAUACAUGGUGGCUACCAAUGGCACGGGUCCUGUACUCCACGAUAACGACGACAUCAUUCUCGGGGCGUGGAACAAGACCCUCAAACUGGGAUUUAUCAAUGUCAGUACUUUAUGGAGGAAACACACAUCUUUAAUGAUUGACUGACAGUUAGAUGUGCAGAGUCCAGCUCUUAAAGCCAAAUUUAUUACACCAACAAGUAGACAGUUCACGUUAUCGUGUGUCCUUCAGGUGAACUGAGACGUGGACCAAUGGCAUAAAAUGGGCCACCAAUGGACAUUCUGACCUCCUAUUAUAACUAAGAUAUAAAAUAUAAUUGUAAUAUUUAUUAAUACAACAUUGAGUUUUAAAAAGAAAAAAUGUAUAUUAAAGUUCAAAUGAAAGAGAGUAGAGCGUCGAUUUUCCGAAAGCCUAUUAUUUGAAAAAUUGAUUAUACGAACAGCCCCGAACUUUUAUUAUUAUUAUCGUAAGCAAUGCGCAUGGCGAGCAACAUUAGCGUAUAACAAACAUCGGGAGAAAAAAAACUCCGACCCAUGUUGCAUAAUCCAGUUAAAAGAUACGUAUAGUAUAUUCAGUGAACUGGCUGGUAUAAUGCGAUCUGAAAACAUGUUUUGUGAUCCAAGUCUCAGAAUACACGCCUACGAAGACGGAGUGACCUCAAAUUUUAUUCUGAGCACCCGGUCAUCUAAUUUUGGUAACGACCUCUUUUCCCAGAAAAAAAAAAGUUCCAGUUCUCACCUGUUUCUUACAGCCGACUCUUCUGCAUAAUGUGGUAGGGUUAGUGCACUUUUCAAUAGAGCGUCAUAUUCGGUUAUCUAAUUUAUAAGGCAAGAAUAUUUGGUUUUUCUCUGCACUAAUUCAAAACACCCGCGGUUCCAAAUAGUUCAGAAAAUCUACGCUCUACCUUAUGUUCAUUAGGGGUCAAUGGGUUUGUUCAUUUCAGGUUCAUGUCCUCUCAUAUAUGCAACCAACAAAAAUAAUAAUUACAACAAAAAAAAUAAAAAAUUUGCAAAUUACAUUAUUACUUUAAAUUCAUUCCACAACUGCAGGAUAGGUCAGAGGCCAUCAUAACUUACUGUCUGUGCGGCUUCUCAAGCUGCUUGUCCAUCGUCCAGGGGAUGGCGAUCCUUGGGGGACUUAUCCCGAAGAGGAGAGCCUGGUUGGCUAAAAUGGCGAUACCGCUGCUGAUAGCGGGAAAUAUUGCCAACUGCAUGACGGGAUGCUUUGCUAGUAAGUAU